CCUGCAUGAUCCUGCGUAAUCGCCGCGUUCAACUGCAAUUUUUGGAGUACCCUUUGUCUUCUUUUUUUCUUUCACUAGUCUGAGACGAAUCCUUUGCCAAGAAUUGGGGCUAUUCCCGACUAGGCAAAUCAAUUUAGACACGAACUAUAGGUCGCGGCCAAUCACAAUGAUACCAUCUGCGUCCGGAUCGGCUCGGUCGCGAUUGUACUGCUGAGACAAGAUCGAUCCCGCGUCAAUGUGUUUGGCAAGCCAAAGCCUACAAGUCUAUAUAAUAUGUCACUAUUGGAGUCUAAAGCUAACGUUCAAUAAAGCAUUGUGACGUUUCUAGAUGGUUUACAAUACGAUAUUGGCAAUUCUUGUAGGCAACAAUGGCACAUCAAUGGAUUUUGAACGGCCAGAAAGGCUUCGAGGAUUCCCUAGAAUACCAAGAAAAUGUUCCAAUACCCUUGCAAUCUCAGCUCAACCAUCAUCAAGUCCUCGUCAAACUCUAUGCUGCCAGCUUGAACUAUCGCGAGAUCGCGAUUCCAAGCCCCCAGAGCUAUACCGGAGACAUGAAGACAUCCGUUGUCCCGGCAUGUGACGGCGCGGGUAUCGUGCUGGCAGUUGGGUCUUCCGUGCAGGAGUUCCAACCCGGAGACCGAGUCGUCACGUACUUUGCCCCGAAACUUGUCGAGAUCACCGGCGAUGAUGAGGCAUCAUGCACCUUGAAAGAUGUUUCGCUCAUGCUCGGUCAGGGGACCGACGGUACACUGCGUUCUCAUGGUGUCUUCUCAGAGGCCGCUCUAGUUCAUGCCCCUGUAUCUCUCGAUUGGUUGGCCGCUUCUACAUUGACGUGCACCUGGGCCACAGCAUGGAAUGCGCUAUUCGGACUGAAAGAUUUCGCCGUUGGCCCAGAUGCGUGGAUACUUGUUCAAGGAUCCGGUGGCGUCAGCGUCGCAGCGCUACAGAUAGCAGCAGCAGUGGGCGCUACCGUUGUCGCGACGACCUCGACGGAGGAUAAGGCAGCUCGUUUGCGCUCAUUGGGAGCAGCAUAUACUGUCAACUACCAAUCCAACUCGAGCGAUUGGGGACACAAGGCACGGCAGUUGACACCCGAUGGGAAAGGAUAUGACAUUGUUUUAGAUAUGGGCGGAAACGCAUCCCUCCCCCAGUCGCUGGCGGCGGUUCGUACAAAUGGCCUCGUUAUGGUUUUAGGUCAUUUGGGAGGAGACGCUGCCGAACCAGUGGCAAUUAUGUCCGUUCUGCAGCAUACCUGCGUUGUUCGCGGCAUCCUUGGGGGUAGUCGAGCACAACUGCGUGAGCUCGUCCGUUUCGUCGACAAACAUAAUAUCAAGCCGGCUCUAGAUGAUAAGGUGUUCGAAUUAGCAGACGCGCGAGACGCAUAUAGACGUCUCGAUGCACAGAAGCAUUUUGCGAAGAUAGCGAUUCGCAUCCGCCAUUCAGAGGUUCACAGUUCAUGAGCUGUUGCGCGACAUCAGCGUCAUUUUGCACUAGAGUUGGCAUCUUCUGAGAUACGUCAUGCUAUGUAUCGCUUAAAGGA